AGCUUUCAUUUCCGAUAGGAUAUUGAACAGCACGUUACGGCCUAACCAAUAGCAAUGGCAAAGACCAAGGGCGAGAAACGCAACAAAUCAGCCAUUAAUGAAGUUGUGACACGCGAGUGCACCAUUCAUUUGGCUAAACGCGUGCAUAAUAUCGGCUUCAAAAAGAGGGCUCCCCGCGCCAUCAAGGAAAUCCGCAAGUUUGCCGAACGGGAGAUGGGAACCACUGAUGUGAGGAUUGACACACGUCUGAACAAGCACAUCUGGUCCAAGGGUAUCAGAUCCACACCAUUCCGCGUGCGCGUGCGUUUGGCCCGUCGCCGCAACGAUGAUGAGGAUUCACCCAACAAACUGUUCACAUUGGUAACCUACGUUCCGGUGGCAACAUUCAAGAAUUUGCAAACGGAGAACGUUGAAUCCAGCGACGAUUAAAUUUAAAUGCAAAGAUUCUGCCGCCAACAAGAUGUACGGUUAAUAAAAAAUAUUUUUUAUUUAGAAACAAA